AUGGCCUUCAAAACUUUAGUCAUGUCAUCAUUCUCGGGAAUGAUCUCUAAAUUUUUACAUUUUCCUGGAAAUAUUAGGUUUUACUGGGGUGAUGAUUGUCAGUAUGAUUUCGACGAAUGUAAAUUUGGAAAUCCUUGUUACCACCGUGGCAAAUGCGAAAAUACAUUUGGUAGUUGGCGAUGUUUGUGUUUGCAAGGAUGGAGAAAUGGUGUACACAAUCAUUGUGAAAAUAAAACAAAUCCUGACAUCAACUUUCGGAAGUGUAUGCCAGGAUGGAUGGGAGACAUGUGUGAGAAUCAAUGUCUAAAUGAUCAAAUGUGUGGGCCAAACCAAAUGUGCAAGAAGAAGGGCAGAGGAAAGCUGUGUUUAUGUCGAGAUGAAUGGAAGGGCGACAACUGUGACAUAGACGUUGAUGAGUGUGACACAAAGCCGUGCAAACCGUAUGAAAUUUGUUUAAACAGUGCAGGUUCCUAUAGCUGUUCGUGCCCAUCUGGUUGGCAAGGUCCAAGUUGCUCAGAUGAUGUCGACGAAUGUUUAACUAAUCCUUGUAAACAUUCAGGAAUGUGUAUAAAUACGCAAGGUGCUUACAUUUGUAAUUGUACAUCUCACUGGACAGGCAGAAACUGUGAGGAGAAUUCGAUUAAAGCUGGUUUUUGGUCGAUGAAAACUUACAUUGGUGUGAUGGUCCUCGCCUUCUUGCUAUUGCUCCUGCUGUGUAUCGUCAUCGUUAUCAUAAUUAAAAAUAGAUGCAAGAAAAGGAAGAAGGUUCGUCCGAGAAGAAACGAAGAGAAAAGAAAAGUCAUCCACAUCAAGGAACGUGUGUCGAUAUAUGAAUAGAUUAGCUGUUUACGUUUUAAAACAAAAAAAAAACAUACAUUAUUUUUCAGUUGUGAAAUGUCAU